AUGGACGAAGGAAUAGAUUGGGAUUGCUGCUUCUUGCUGAUGCCACACAUUGGCUUGGAGAGAAGUGAAAAAACAAAAGAAAAUAAUACCCAUGACUUCCUUUUGGAGAAGAACGAAGGAAGAAAACAAUUGGGAACCAAGCCACGACAAUUUGAAAAACCGAUUCCGGAUCCACGUGGAUCCAUUCAUCGAGAAGAUGGAAAUGCUUUCUGUGGAAGAACGUACUGUUCAUACAUUGCACUUAUCUUUAUGAAAGAACAUUGA